AAUAAAAAAGAGAAUAUGAAAUUGCCAAUCGUAAUGAGUCCAAAAAUCAUUCAGGUAAUAUGAUAUAGGUAAACCACGAGAUGCCUUUAAUUACCUAUAUCACUAGUAUACUCAAGUUGAAGAAAUCGCCAGCUGUAAUGAGUCCAAAAAUCACAUGUAAUACAAUAUAGGCAAACCAUGACACGCCUUUAAUUACCUAUAUCACUAGUAUACUCAAGUUGAAGAAAUAUGAAAACGUAACGAUUUGUAAGACCAAGGAAGCAAAGAGAAAUGCAAAUAAGAUGUAUUUAGUGAAUUUGAGAUGAAAGACUUUUGUUGGCAUUAACCCACUAAGAGGUGGUUCUCUAAAGUAAAUAUGAUAUAGGCAAACUACAAUAGGUUUUUCAUUGCUUGACCUCUAGUAUACUCAAGUUAAAGAAUAUAUCAAAAAUGAACUAUGCAUAAAUCCAUGAAAGUAUUGGAAUACUACUACACCGCAAGAGGUUAGACAAUCUAAUACUAUUCUUACCCAAGCACACUUAAGAGAUCUUAUCAAAUAGGAUACAUAUACACUAGAAAGGUGAAUCCAACGGUUUUACAUAGUUUUAUGCUAGCUGUCAACUAGUCAACCUAGUGCCAACACAACCUUCCACUAUCCAAGUUUAGACUACCUCUUUUAAUGAACAUAGGUGGAGUAAAACAAAACUUCUUUUGAAGCCCACUGAAAUGUCGGCAGGAAAGGCCAAAACUCCAGCUACCAUACGAGCUGUUGCAACACCAAUGCACCAUCUGUAAAACACGUGUCUUUCACAUGGAAGAACUUUAUUUUCAUGAACACUCAAUAUACAACCGUCUUCUACCUCAACUCAAUCCAUAGUUUCAUCUACAUCUUCAUCAAGCUUACUCUACAUAGAGCAACAUACUCACACUCUUAAAUACAGUGAGGGCAUUGGGUGUUUCCUAGUCUCUAGGCUCAUUGCUCUCAUUUUAAGUGCUUUCUCAAAUCUCAUUUGCCUCGCAGUGACAAUGAGCAAUAUAGUCUUCCAAGAACCAAGAAUAAGAGAACACAUCAGUCUCGAAAGUCUCGGCGAGGGCAUACGUUUGAACAUUCUAACUAAUGCAAUACAUCUAUGCACAGCUAUGUCUAUUAUGCUCUUUAUUGAACGGGUUUAUAUGGCAAUUGUAAUCACAUGUGCGAAGUGCUUUGAGAAGAAGAGAUAUAUGAAACAUAAGUCGGAUGCAAUGAAAGAAGACCUUGAGCAAAACAGAAACUAUCCCAUGGUGCUGGUCCAAAUCCCUAUGUAUAAUGAAAAGGAGGUUUACAAGCUUUCUAUUGGAGCUGUAUGUGGGCUUUCAUGGCCAGCAGAUAGGCUCAUUGUGCAAGUUCUUGAUGACUCCACAAAUAGAUCCAUAAGGGAAUUAGUGGUUAACGAAUGUGAAAAAUGGAAAGGAAAAGGGGUAAAUGUGAAAUACGAGACAAGGAAUAACAGGAAUGGCUACAAGGCAGGUGCACUUAAUGAAGGUCUAAAUAAGAAUUAUGUCAACGAUUGUGAAUUUGUUGCCAUCUUUGAUGCCGACUUCCAGCCUGAUGCAGACUUUCUUUUGAGGACCAUCCCUUAUCUUCUCGAAAACCCGGAAUUGGGUUUGGUUCAAGCCAAAUGGAAAUUUGUAAAUGCAGAUGAAUGUAUGAUGACUCGCCUACAAGAGAUGUCAUUAGACUAUCACUUCAGUGUAGAGCAAGAAGUGGGCUCAUCAACAUGCUCAUUUUUUGGGUUCAAUGGGAGUGCUGGAGUUUGGAGGAUUCAAGCAUUGAAUGAUGCUGGAGGUUGGAAAGAUCGAACCACAGUGGAAGACAUGGAUCUUGCAAUCAGAGCUAACCUCAGGGGUUGGAAGUUUCUUUAUGUUGGUGACUUAGAAGUGCAAAAUGAACUUCCAAGCACCUUCAAGGCUUACAGGAUUCAGCAACAACGGUGGUCAUGUGGCCCAGCUAACCUCUUCCGUAAGAUGUUAAAAGAAAUCCUCCUUUCUGAGCAUGCUUCUCUCUACAAGAAAUUUCAAGUGAUCUAUGCAUUCUUUGUGAGAAAGAUUAUUGCACAUUGGGUCACCCUUUACUUUUACUGCAUCGUGAUCCCUAUCAUAGUCGUACAUCCUGAAAUAGAUCUUGUGAAACCCUUGGCACUAUAUCUUCCUGCUACAGUUACUAUUCUUAAUGCUGCUUGUACAUGGAGGUCUAUCCAUCUUAUACUACCUUGGAUACUCUUCGAAAAUGCCAUGUCUCUCCAUCGAGCUAACGCUGCACUAAUAGGACUCUUAGAAGGCAGCGGUGUUAAUGAGUGGGUCGUAACAGAGAAGCUAGGAUAUGCAUUGAGGCAGAGGCCUAGUCUCAGAGCACCAUGGACACAAGAGUGGCAGUUUAUUAUACGCAGGAUCCACCUGCACGAGUUUCUGAUGGGACUUUAUCUUAUGCAUACUGCUGUCCACGACCUGAUGUAUGGUAACAACCACUUCUACGGAUUCCUAUUCAUGCAAGCAGCAGCCUUUUUCACAGUCGGAGUCAGCAAUGUUGGAACAUUCAUCCCCAACUAGAUAUUCGAGCUACCAGACAUUAUGGGGCAGUAAGAA